AAAUAUAUUUAAAUCUUUUUAUUAUGGGCAAGAAUUACAGAAAUCGAUCAAAGACAUCAGCUACACCAAGAAAGCCUUUCGAAAAGGAACGUCUUGACAAUGAAUUGUAAAUUAUUGGUAAGUAUGGAUUAAAGAACAAAAGAGAAGUCUGGAGAGUCUAACUUACUUUGGCUAGAAUUAGAAAGGCUGCAAGAGAAUUGUUGACUCUUGACCCAAAGGAUCCAAGAAGAUUAUUUGAAGGAGAAGCAUUAAUCAGAAGAAUGGUUAGAUUUGGUUUGUUGUCUGAAUAAGAGAGAAAGUUGGAUUAUGUCCUUGGUUUGACAACUUAAAAAAUGAUGGAAAGAAGACUUUAAACCUUUGUAUUCAAAAGCAAUCAAGCAUCAUCAAUUCAUCAUGCUAGAACUUUGAUUAGAUAGCGACACUUUAGAGUAGGAAAAAGAUUAGUCAAUUCUCCAUCCUUUUUGGUAAGAGUAGAAUCAGAAAAAUUGGUUGAUUUUGCUGUUACCUCACCAUUUGGUUAAGGCAGAGAAGGAAGAAGAAAGAGAAAGAAUGCAAAGAGAGUAAAGCCAAACAAAGAAGAAUGAGAAUAAUAUUUUAGCAUAAAGUACAAUAUUAUAAAUCUACUCUGUUUGCA